GGGAGUCAAAUCAAAAAUCUUCUGGAAAGUCCUCCUGAUUUUUAACAACAAGCUAGCCAGCUAAAGCACGUAGCUGCCGACAACGUUAGCAAAGUUUUCCCAAGUUUUAUUUGAAAUAACUUUAACAGCUGAAAAGUCCGUUCGUUGUUUACAUUUCGUCAUGGAGACCUCUGAAAAGUUCCGCUCUUCCUACAACUUGUUUUGGUCCGUUUUCGUGGCAUAGCUGGAAAGCUAAAAGCUGUGUGGUAAUAUUUGUUCGUUAGCUUAGCAUUGGUCUCCCCAACACAAAAAAGCCCAGCCUCCUCUGUGCCUUGUUGGACGGCAGAAGUUUGAAACUUCACUCCCUGGUUUUGUCGAUAGAAAAACUUCAAAAUGUCUAUCCUAGGAUUAAAAAAGAAACAGCCAAAGACUUUCAAAGUCAAAGUUAUCACCAUGGAUGCUGAGAUGGAGUUCAGCUGUGAGGUGAAGUGGAAAGGUAAAGACCUGUUUGACUUGGUGUGUCGCACAGUUGGUUUAAGGGAGACCUGGUUCUUUGGACUCAGGUACACAAUAAAGGACACUUACGCCUGGCUGAAACAAGAGAAACGGGUCUUGGAUCAAGAGGUUCCCAAGGACUCUCCCAUAACAUUUCAUUUCCUGGCUAAAUUCUUCCCAGAGAAAGUAGAAGAAGAGUUGGUCCAAGAAAUCACUCAGCAUCUCUUCUUCUUACAGGUGAAGAAACAGAUAUUAGAUGAAGAGAUUUUCUGUUCCCCUGAAGCCUCUGUUCUGCUGGCAUCAUACGCUGUUCAAGCCAAGUAUGGCGACUAUGACCCAAACUUUCACAAGCCGGGAUUCCUGGCACAAGAUGAGCUGUUGCCAAAAAGAGUUCUGAUGCAAUACCAAAUGACAGCUGACAUGUGGGAGGAGAAGAUCACAGCUUGGUAUGCAGAGCACAGAGGCAUCGCCAGGGAUGAGGCUGAGAUGGAAUACCUAAAGAUUGCUCAAGACCUUGAGAUGUAUGGUGUCAGCUACUUUGCCAUUACUCAAAACAAGAGGGACACAGACCUGUUACUUGGAGUGGAUGCUCAGGGUCUUCACAUCUACAGCCCCAACAGCAAACUCAACCCUAACAAGUCGUUUCCUUGGAGCGGCAUCCGCAACAUCUCUUACAGCGAGAAGGAGUUCACUAUCAAACCCCUCGACAAGAAGAAAGAUGUUUUCAAGUUCUACUCAUCGCAGCUGCGUGUCAACAAGCUGAUCCUGCAGUUGUGCAUCGGUAACCAUGAUCUGUUCAUGAGGAGGAGGAAGGUGGACUCAAUUGAAGUGCAGCAGAUGAAGGCUCAAGCUAAAGAGGAGAAGGCCCGCAAGAAGAUGGAGCGUCAAAUCCUGGCAAGAGAAAAACAGAUGAGGGAGGAAGCGGAACGAGCAAAAGAAGACAUGGAACGAAGACUCUUCCAGCUGCAGGACGAGGCACGACUGGCCAACGAGGCACUGCUGCGGUCUGAGGAGACAGCGGACCUGCUGGCAGAGAAGGCCCAGAUCGCCGAGGAGGAGGCUAAGCUGCUGGCCCACAAGGCUGCAGAGGCUGAGCAGGACAGGCAGAGGUUAGAGGUCACCGCCAUGAAAUCAAAGGAGGAGAAAAGACUGAUGGAGCAGAAGAUGAGGGAGGCAGAGCAGCUGGCCGUCAAACUGGUGGAGCAGUCUGAGAGGAGGCUGAAGGAGGCAGAUCACCUGAAGCAGGACCUGACUGAGGCAAAGGACGCUGAGCGGAGAGCCAAGCAGAAGCUGCUGGAGAUCACCAAAACAACAUACCCUCUCAUAGCAGCCUACUCCACUCCCCCUGCUCCCCCUGAAGCAGCCGACUUUGCUUAUGAAUCGGCAUCUACGCGCCUCGACUUCAAGGACUCUGAUAUGAAAAGGCUGUCUAUGGAAAUCGAGAGAGAGAGGCUGGAGUACAUGGAGAAGAGCAAACACCUGCAGGAUCAACUGAAGGAACUGAAGUCAGAGAUCGAGUCGCUUAAGCUGGAGGAGCAGCAGCAACAGGCCGGAGUCUACAGCCUCCACAAUGAGGCGAGGGGAUACGUGCAGGAGCCUGUCUACAUACCUCACAGCAAUCGAAACUCUGCGUACAUGUCUCAGAUGGCCUUCUUUGAAGAAGUGUGAACCUGGUCCCGCAAGAAGAGGAAGGAGGGCAUCGGCUGUUGCGACUUAGUAUUUUUUAUAAGACAUCUCUAAAUGUUUGGUUGAUAUUUUACCAGGCUGAACCUACAAGACAGACACAUACAUACACCAUGACUGUGUGCUUUGGAAAGACUUUAUAUGUAUCCUCAACAGCAAACGGCUACAAGCUUAGCCGCCUGCACAGGCUCAUGCUAAGUUGUACCGCCCGUUACACUACAGCACCUUCCACAAUUCUUUUAUAUAUAAUGAACACAUUAAUGUGCCCCCGCCCCCACCCGCCCCCCCUCCGGUCCACACCAACACCGGGGCGCACCCUGCCACACACACACACCAUGACACACACCAAUUUGGUAUGGCCAGCCUGGAUCAAAUCUGCAUGCCACAUAGUAAACUACACCAAGCGGAGAUUGACAUUAGCCACAGACACUGGAAUUACAAAAAGACAAAAAAGGCAGAUGGUGAAGUGGUUCCUUUUUUUUUUUUUUUUUAGUGACCAAGUUUGUCACCGCCGUGGUGAUUUGCCACCGUCGCUGAUCAAUAUCCACUCACAUCUGCUGGGCUGACUGCUGUUUUUUAUUUUCAAUUCACUGGUUUAUUCUGCAGUUACAUCACUACGACUAGAAUUUUUAAAAUAUUUUUUAUAAUCAGACGAUCUGCUUAAUGAGGUGGUUUAACACAUUGUCAUCACCAAUUCAGAGCCCGAGUAUGAAAGAGUUUUAAUUUUCUGAUGUUUUAUGUGGUUUUAAGGGAUACUUGGCUAUAAAAUGGUCAGAUAUAGAAUGAUGCCUUAAUGACAAGUUAUAGAUUAAUGCAUUAACAACAUUUCGGGACAGAGAUUAAGUUUAAAUUUGUCUUAAACCGUCUUAAGGUAAAGUUCCUGCAUCAGUAAUUACAUAUGCAUUACAUGCAUAUGUAAUUACUUAAAUAAUCUUUUUCAGGCCGGGGACAGUUGUGAAAAUUAAAAAAAAUAUCCCCAAGAUUUUGUAAAUAUGGUAAAUUUGGUCAUUUUUCUUUCAAACCAGCAAAGUGUUUCUCAAUUUUGGCUUUUGAAAGUGGAACAUGAAAGAAACCCAAAUGCUCAAAUGUCUGUUUCUACAUUAAACAAGCUAUUGUUGACUGUACUUUGGACACAAAAAAAAUACACUGAAGUUAACUCUUGAUCAAAAACAUGUAAUGUGAAAACUAACAUUGUGCUAAAAGUAAUUUAUAAAAGUCAAAGUCCAAAUUUGACAGACAGACAUGUGCAGGGACAGUGCCUAGAUGUGACACUCCAUAAAAAUGUUAAAUUCUUUUUUUUUUUUCUUUCAUUUUGGUGUUUUCAUUUUUAUUUGCUUGCUAUUUUUGUUACUUGGUUCAUGAACUGCCGUAUUGUUUCUAGUGCCUCAUCAUGAUAGUCAAUAGAAAUGCAGUAUAUAGUUCCAAGCUUGAGCUCUGCCAUUUCACAUUUUUUGUAUGUUGUACGUUAGACUGCUGAUGUGCCUCGAAGUUUAUUUUUUACUAUUUUGAUUUGAGUUGCUAAGGUUUUUAUUUGGUGUUAUUGUGCUCAUUUGUCUUAGCAGUAGGGUUACUCUUAAGUUUGGGAUUCAUGUCUCAUCCUGACUUCUUUACAGAAUAACAGAUUGAUGGCUUUCCUGAUUUCUCUUUGCUUAUGUAUUUCUCAGGGUUAGUGUUGGAGACAAUCAUUGCAGGUAGAAUCUUGUUGUUUUUAUCCCCUGAGAUAUACGGUAUGAUAUCCAUUAAUGUUUACUUUUUUUGAACAGGCUAUUUUCAUUGAACUUAAAGUCGAAUAGUAAUUCAAACGAUAAAGUUUAUUUCCAGCAGUGGAUGCAUUUCUCAAAUACAGAGGUGGGUAACUUGAGUGAACUUUUAUUCUAUCGCACUCCUCAUAACUUUUUUCAGAAAGGGAGCCAAACUUUUGUUUAUUUGUAGUGGCCUAUUAGACUGACUUCAUUAUGGACUGAACAGUGAUAAAUGAUUGGUUCAUUAUUAUCCUCAUGACUGUGGUUGUUAACGAGCAAGGCUAACCCUGGUCUUGUGUAAAUGGUUAUUGUGUUAAAUUUCCAAGUGGAAAUGCUUCAGUUUGCAUCUUUUAUUUAUUUGUGCCUUAAAUAACACUUAUCACCGCACACAUUUUCUUGAGGUGUAUCAUUGUGGGGGACUUUAUUGUAUUUUAAUGUAUGUUUUAUUUUACUAUCAUGGGAUUUUCCUGCCAAAUUCAAGUCCAGUGUUAAAAAAAAUAAUAAUUUCACAUCUAAAAAGUGUUGUAUUUAGGUGGACAGAGUGACAAAAAUGUUACAAUUUCACAUGUACAGCAAUGUUUUGUCAGUGAUUUGUAACCUCCAGUUAUUUUGUGUGUAUCAUUUCAUUACAACAGUGAUCAUACAACAAUGUGUGUGUAUAACUGUUUGAUGUAUGUGCAGACAUUAGGAGUUGUCUUAUAGAUCAUUAUUGAAUCAUUUUUACUUCCUAUGUGUCAGUAAAAUGCAGUCAUCUUAA